AUGUCGCAAAAGUUGGAAGAAACGGCGCGAAGCACCGGCAAGGUGCUGUGUGCGUUCACAGUGUUGCUGUCUAUGAAACAGAGCCACAGGGCGCCUCUUCGUGCUUGGAGUCGAAUUCAACCAUGCUUUGGAAGCAGUUGCCAUCCCCUUUACAAAAAAGGUACCGGUGCGACUCGCCUGAGCCGGAAUAACCGUACAGGGCGAGCAGCUUUGUGGCCGCAGUUGAACGUUGAACACCGCAAACCUCGUGUCCAGCGGGAACGAAACGCGCUGAAGGUACGGGCAGACGUGACUGCUGAGCGGGACACCUCAGAAACCUCGAAACUCAGGCAGUUUGUUCCGAAAGCUAUUAUAUUCGACUGCGACGGCGUGCUGGUGGAGUCCGAGGAACUGCAUCGGGUUACGUACAACGAAACAUUUGACGCAGAGGGCCUCUCGCAUAUUCAAUGGUCCCAGGACUAUUACGAAAUAUUGCAGAACAAGAUCGGUGGUGGCAAAGAAAAGUACUUGUAUCACUUUCAAAAUGAGGGAUGGCCCACACCCGAGCAGUGCGGAUUCGACACCACGACGCCCAGCGGGCGUGAGGCGCUGAUUCAACAUCUUCACCAAAGCAAAUCAGCGCGUUACGCGGAAAGAAUACGGAACGAUGACUCCAUCAGACUGCGACCCGGAGUAGGUGAGAUUAUCGAUACAGCACAUAAGCGGGGCAUCCGGCUGGCGAUCUGCUCUGCCUCGAAUCGAGAAUCCGUGGAGGCUGUUCUGAAACGAAUUCUUAGCGAGCGCCCGCCAGGCGCAUCGCGAUCCAAAUCACGUUUUGAAAUGUUUGAAUUCAUAAUUGCGGGCGAUUCUGUGCCAAAGAAAAAACCGGACCCAUUGAUAUACGAGGUUGCUCUGGAGCGUCUAGGUGUUGCUCCGAGCGAUUGUCUGGUAAUAGAAGACAGCGCCAUUGGCCUCGCAGCCGCUCGCGGGGCUGGCAUCCGCUGCGUGAUCACGUACACUUGGUACACGAAAUCACAGUCUUUUGACGGUGCCACUGCGAUAUUCGGGGAACUAGAUGGGGUCUCACUGGACGACAUCCUUGAUGCGGUUACCGUAUCGUCGAACUGA